GGCGCGGGAGGAGCGGCGCCGCGGCCCCGUGUGCGGUGAGUGCGGGCGGGAGCGCUGCGGGAGGAGCGGCGCCGCGGCCCCGUGUGCGCUGCUGCAGCCAUGAUGCCUGCUGCAACCACGCUGCCCGAUGACGUGCCCAUGUUUGACCCAAAGGUCCUGCACGAGCUUGACUGGAGCCAGAACACCACCACCUUUUCUCCUGCUAUUUCUCCUCUGGAUCCAGGAGAUGGCCUCAUUUUGAGGCCACUGUGCACUGCCGAUUUAAAUAGAGGCUUUUUUAAGGUGCUGGCUCAGCUGACUGAAACUGGAGUUGCAAGCCCAGAGCAGUUCAUCAAAACCUUUGAGCACAUGAGGAGAUCUGGAGAUUACUACGUUACAGUGGUGGAGGACACCAACCUUGGCCAGAUUGUCGCCACAGCAACGCUGGUGAUCGAGCACAAGUUCACCCACUCCUGUGCAAAGAGGGGAAGGAUAGAAGAUGUUGUAGUAAGCAGGGAGUGCAGAGGAAGGCAGCUUGGUAAACUAUUAAUCUCCACCCUAACGCUGCUAAGUAAGAGACUGAACUGUUACAAAAUCACCCUGGAAUGCCUGCCCCAGAACGUGGAUUUCUACAGGAAGUUUGGCUAUGUGGUGUCCGAGGAGAGCUACAUGUUCCAGCGGUUCUUCAAGUAGCAGCCCAGGCCCCUUCCCCUUCGGCGCGGACUGUUGGUGGAGGAGCUCUUGUUACAAACGCUCUCUUCCCGGAGAAAGGGUCUCUGCUUUGUUGCUGCACAUCUAAUUGGUCCCUAUAAAGAACAUCAAAUGCCUGAAUCCUGGCAAAAAGUGAUCACUGGCGUUCCAGGAGGGUGCUUGCUCUUGGGUAAAUGGGCACUUAGGACUGGUGUUUACUGCUGCUUAGCCUGAGCAGAGCUUCUUCGGUUCCGGCGGGGUUAGGGAGGACUGCUGAAGGGAAGGCUUUGAACCAAAGCUCUCUGGUUUUGUCUCAAAGGGUUUCUCACCUUGUAUUUUUCUAGAGGUUUGGGCUUCUUUUCUCGGUAGCCAAAGUCCAGCCCAGCGCAUGGUUGUGCUGUUAAGGCUCUGCGGAAGGAUGAUGCUUAAGUUUAAAAAGGACAGAUCUGCUCAAGAGAGCCCAAGGGAGGGCUGUGAGGAUGAUGAGGGGACUGGAGCACUGCCUGGUGAGGAGAGGCUGAGGGGAGGUGGUGGAGUUGCCAUCCCUGGAGGUGUUGAAGCCAAGCCUGCCUGGGGCACUUAGUGCCAUGGUCUGGUUGAUUGGCCAGGGCUGGGUGCUAGGUUGGGCUGGGUGAGCUUGGAGCUCUCUUCCAGCCUGCUUGUUUCUAUGUCCUGGGGCUGUUCAGUCUGGAGGAGAGAAGACUGAGAGGGGAUCAAAUCAAUGUCUGUAACUAUCUGAGGGCUGGGUCAGGAUGGGGGGACACUGCUCCCUGGGGCAGGACAAGCAGCAAUGGAUGGAAGCUGCAGCACAGGAGGCUCCAGCUCAACACAAGGGGGAACUUCUUUCCUGAAAGGGUCCCAGAGCCCUGGCACAGGCUGCCCAGAGAGGCUGUGGAGUCUCCUUGUGUGGAGCCUUUCCAGGCCUGUCUGGAUGUAUUCCUGUGUGCCCUGAGCUGGAUUGUGUGGUCCUGCUGUGGCAGGGGGGUUGGACUGGAUGAGCUCUUUGGGUCCCUUCCAGCCCCUGACACCUGUGAGCCUGUGACAUAGCUUGGGCAGGGACAAUGCUGCUUAACUUGGGUAGAAACAGCUGUGGUUCUGCUCUUCACAUGAGAUCCAGUGACUACAUUGGGUUGAAAAGUGCUGGUGAUCUUCUUGUACCUCCAGUUUUGAAAGGCACAGCUUUGCACAGCUGAAUUUGUCCCCGUUUCUGAGGGAGGGCUGAAUCUUAGGGGCCAGGAGCUGAUGCUCCAAGUCCUCCUGGCUGCAGGGCUCCUGCACUUUAGCUGAUAACUUUUGUUUUCAGGAUAAUUUAUUUUCUGACUAAAGAACAUCCCAGUGAUUCCCAUCCCUGGAACCAUUCCAGGUCAGGUUGUUUGGAGCUCUGAGCAGCUUGCUUUAGUUGAAGAUCAGAGUCACAGCACCAUGCAGGCUGGCAAAGCCCCUCAGCAUCACUGAGCCCAACCUAGAGCCCUGCUCCACAAGCUUCACCUUACACCAUCUCCCCAAGCACCACAGCCAAACCUCCCUUAAACACAGCCAGGCUGGGGGCCUCCACCACCUCCCUGGGCAGCUCACUCCAGUGCCUGACCACUCUCUGUGGAAAAAACUCUUUCUUAAUGUCCAAAGAUGUUCCUGCUGGCUUGAAGAUGGUCAGAUUAGGCGAGCUUGAAAGGUCCCUUCCAACCCAAAGCAACCUUAAAGGACUUUUCCACUCUAAAUGAUUGUGUGAUGCUGUGGUUUGCAACAGGGCAAAGGUGAGGGGAGAACUGGGCUGCUGGAUGGGAGAGUACCCCCAGUCUGGAGUGGGAUUGACCUGCUCUCCAUGGGAAUGUGGUUGGGAUGGGCAGCAGGGGAUCCAUCUUCACAGAGCACCUGCCAGCUCACUCUGCUGGGUCUCCCGAGGGCCACAAGCUCCAAAGCAGCAGAGAAAUACCUAAGCAGUGCUGCAGAGCAGCAGAGAAAUGUCCAUCCUGGUGGUUCCCUCUUGCUGGGAGGCUGGAUGCAGGAUUUGAGCACUUUGGCCAGCACCAGCAAGGGCUCCAGCAGUGGUGUCUUGUGUAACAAGUGACAAAUGCUCAGUCUCUGAAUAGGGCAUUAUCAAGAGGUGAAGCUUUGGAUUGUGGUGGCCAGCCAGGGCCUUACAAGAAGUCCUUUCAUUGUGGAGAGCUACUUUAGGCUGGGGUGGGGCUUCUCCUGAAUGUUCUGCUGGUACUCUGCUCGCUCUGGUGUUUCCUUGGUCAUGUCUGCUUUAUUUAUUGAUUAUUUUUUAAGGAGAAAUAAAAAUUAUCUUUGUUUAAGCUGAAUAAAUGAAAACUGUCAAA